AUGGCUGUUUCAAAACCAGAUUAUGAUGCUGUAGUGAUCGGAGCCGGCUUCAGUGGCAUCCGAUCUCUCUGGGAGCUCACCCAAAAUGGCCUGACUGCUCAAUGCUUCGAGGCUGGAUCUGAUGUUGGGGGAGCGUGGUAUUGGAACCGCUAUCCGGGGGCCCGAACCGACAGCGAGGCGUGGGCUUAUGCUCUAAAUUUUGCCCCCGAAGUGGUGAAUCAGUGGAAGUAUUCGGAGCGUUAUCCGUCCCAGCAAGAAGUUCAGGGUUACAUUCGUCGAAUUGCGGCGCACUACGACCUGCUAAGGCACAUUCGAUUCGAUACACUUGUGGUGUCAGCUCAUUUCAACGAAAUGGACAAUCUCUGGACUAUCACUGAUAAAACCGGCAAGGCUACAACAUGUCGUUACUUUAUCCCAGCAACUGGCCCGCUCUCGAUUGCCAAAAAGCCGCCCUUUGCGGGUCUUGACUCUUACAAGGGCGAAGUGUACCAGGCGUCAUCGUGGCCCAAGCAGAAUGUGGACAUUCGCGGGAAACGAGUUGCUGUGAUUGGUACCGGUGCGACUGGUGUUCAGAUUAUCCCCAAGAUCGCAAGGGUUGCCAAGCAGGUGACUGUAUUUCAACGGACGCCAAACUAUGUGCUCCCUGGCCGUAACUACUUUAUCGAUGAUCAUGAGGCGGAUGAGAUCAAGCAGAAGUAUGACGAUACUUUAAAAAAGGCCUCGGGGCAUCCUUUUGGCCUCGCUAUGGACUUCACAGGAAAGACUGCCGAUAAAAUAACCGACGCCAAGGACAUCAGGCAGACCCUUGACAGCGGCUGGGAGACUGGAGGCUUCCACUACAUGUUUGAGACUUUCGACGACCUUUUCACCAAUGCUGAAUCCAAUGCCAAUGCCUCAGAGUACAUCCGUCAAAAGAUUCGCGCUAUUGUUCGUGAUCCAGAGACGGCUGAGUUACUUUGCCCCCAUUACCCUUUUCUCUCCAAGAGACCACCUUGCGGACAUUUCUAUUAUGAGGCAUACAACCGCCCGAACGUUCGUCUUGUCGACGUUUCUAAGCGGCAGAUUGAGAUGUAUGAAAAAGGGAUCCGCUUGGCAGAUGGCGAAGAGCAUGAGGUCGACAUGAUCAUAUGUGCUCUAGGCUAUGAUGCCGGCAUAGGGGCUUUGAGUGAGAUAGACGUGCGAGGGCUCAAUAAUAAGUCUCUUGGGGAGCUGUGGGCGACAAAGCUACAGACAUUUGCCGGUGUCCUUGUUCCUGAAUUCCCGAACAUGUUCAUGGUUUGUGGACCGCAUAUCCCUUUUGGUAACAUGCCGGUCAUUCUUGAUGCACAAAUGGAUUGGAUCGGUAAAACUAUCCGCCAUAUGGAAGAGAACAAAUUAGGGCGUAUUGAAGUGCCUGAGAAGGCCGCUGAUUCUUGGAGUGAUCAUGUUGAGGAGGCCUUCCAAGCCACGCUGUUUUCUCAAAGCGCCAAGGAUGUUGGAGCUUGGUUUGUGGGAGGAAACAGCCCGCUGUUUUACUUUGGCGGUGUUGCGAACUGGAUUUCAUGGCUGGAUAAGGAGAAGGAGGCGACCUGGUCAGAAAUGCAAGAGCUCGAUGUGUUAGUAAUUGGAGCCGGUUUCGGUGGAUGCUACAGCUUGCACAAACUUCGCAAGGCGGGCUUCAAAGUCCACGUCUACGAGGCAGGCACUUAUCUUGGCGGCGUCUGGCAUUGGAAUAGGUAUCCGGGAGCACGCGUCGACUCCGAAAUACCAUAUUACCAAUUUUCCCUGCCAGAGCUAUGGCGCAAGUGGAAUUGGACAGAGCGAUUUCCUAGCGGUGACGAGCUGAGGCAGUACUUCAAGUUCGUCGACGAAAGGCUGGAUCUGUCCAAGGACAUCACCUUCGGCGCCAAGGUUAUCCGCGGAGAGUUUGACCAAGCAGCUGCCAGGUGGACAGUUGAAACUGAAGUCGGUUGGAAAGCAACUUGCAAGUAUCUGAUCUGUGCGACUGGGAGCUCGUUCAAGCCGCACUAUCCGGCCUUCAAUAACUUGGAUAAGUUCAAGGGCCAACUCAUACACUCAACCGACUGGCCGGCGGAUGCAGAUCCAAACAUUGAUGGAAAGAGGGUUGCUGUGAUUGGAUCAGGCGCCACUGCAAUCCAAUGUUGCCAGGAAAUCUCAAAGAGAGCAGAGCAUAUGACCACCUACAUUCGCACUGCCAGUAUCUCUCUGCCCAUGGUCCAACGUCCCCUCGGCGAGCUUGAGCAGAGGAUUGACAAGGCCACCUACGGGAGAAUGUUCGACUAUUGUCGGCAGACUGCAGCAGGUUUGGGCUACGAUCGCAAAUUUGGGAGUGUCUUUGAGCUCAGCGACGAGGAACGUGAGGAAUUCUGGGAGGAACUGUGGUCUCGUGGCGGUUUCAACUUCAACCAAGCCAACUACCGCGACUUCCUUGUCGAUAAAAAAGCAGGCGAACUGAUGUAUCAGUUCUGGGCUAAGAACACGCGCCCGCGAAUCAAGAAUCCUUCAAAGGCGGCCUUCCUGGUCCCCGAGAAGGCCCCUUUCCUCUUUGGCACCAAGAGGAGCAGCUUAGAACAAGACUACUAUGAGUGCAUGGACCGAGACAAUGUUUCGAUCGUUGAUCUUAAAGCCAAUCCUAUUCAAGAAUUCACCGAGAGGGGCAUUAUCACCCAAGAUGGCCACGAAGAGCAAUUUGACACUGUCGUCAUGGCCACAGGCUUCGACGCUAUGACUGGAAGUCUGACCAACAUGAACAUCAAGGGAACGGAUGGUGUGACCUUCAAAGAACGUUGGAAGGAUGGUGUAUUUACUCAUCUAGGUCUUUGCAGCAACGGAUGUCCCAACAUGUUUCUGAUCUACGGGCCUCAAGCACCCACUGCCUUCACUAAUGGGCCGGUAUUCAUCGAGAGUCAAGUCGAGGUUCUUCUCGAAUUGCUCGAAAAGUUGGAAGUAGAAGGCGUGAAUUCUAUCGAGGCCACGCGGCCUGCUGAAGAACAGUGGAAGCAGGCCAUUCAAGAGGACGCUGCCAGAACCUUGCUCCCAUUGACAGACUCUUGGUACAUGGGGGCAAACAUCCCAGGGAAACCUCGAGAACAGCUCAACUACAUGCGCGGAAUUCAGGUAUACAUUUCCGAAGUCCGGGAGGCGUUGAAAGAUUUGAAGGGAUUCACUGUCGUUUACAAAACAGCUUAG